UGAUAUCAAUAUGGCGGUUGUCAGCCAGACAAAGACAGUCAGUCUGAUGUGAUUGAGACAAGGGAGGUUUUCAGGGGGAGACUGGGAGAUAGGGGCCUCCCCUCCCCCUUCUCCUCUUCCUGCGCGGACCUCAACCCCUCCCCAGGCCCCUCCCGCCUGGCGCCCCACGCGGAAGACACCCCUCCCCCUCCCGAUUUCCCCUCCUCCCUAUCUCAGCCCUUAGUACUGGGACGUUGGGGAGGGGGCUGUGCCGCGCGGAGACUACUCAGCUACGAUACCGAGAAUGGUAAAUAACACCGGUCAUCUCUAGAAAGGAUAUUGAUUCACCUCAUGUAAAGUAUGCUCAGUUCCUUCCCAGUGGUUUUGUUGGAAACCAUGUCUCACUAUACAGAUGAACCCAGAUUUACCAUAGAACAGAUAGAUCUGCUUCAGCGCCUUCGGCGUACUGGAAUGACUAAACACGAAAUUCUCCAUGCCUUGGAAACUUUGGACCGACUUGAUCAAGAGCAUAGUGACAAGUUUGGAAGAAGGUCCAGCUAUGGGGGAAGUUCAUACGGGAAUAGUACCAACAAUGUUGCAGCAUCUUCCUCUACAGCUACAGCCUCCACACAGACCCAGCAUUCGGGAAUGUCCCCAUCGCCUAGCAACAGUUAUGAUACCUCCCCACAGCCUUGCACUACCAAUCAAAAUGGGAGGGAGAAUAACGAGCGAUUGUCCACGUCCAAUGGAAAGAUGUCACCAACUCGCUACCAUGCAAACAGCAUGGGUCAGAGGUCAUACAGUUUUGAAGCCUCAGAAGAAGACCUUGAUGUAGAUGAUAAAGUGGAGGAGUUAAUGAGGAGGGACAGCAGUGUGAUAAAAGAGGAAAUCAAAGCCUUUCUUGCCAAUCGGAGGAUUUCCCAAGCAGUUGUUGCACAGGUAACAGGUAUCAGUCAGAGCCGGAUCUCUCACUGGCUGUUGCAGCAGGGAUCAGACCUGAGUGAACAGAAGAAAAGGGCAUUUUACCGAUGGUAUCAACUUGAGAAGACAAACCCUGGGGCUACGCUAAGUAUGAGACCAGCCCCUAUUCCAAUAGAAGACCCCGAAUGGAGACAAACACCUCCCCCAGUCUCUGCUACAUCUGGCACCUUCCGACUGCGAAGAGGGAGUCGAUUCACCUGGAGAAAGGAGUGCCUGGCUGUCAUGGAAAGUUACUUCAAUGAGAAUCAAUACCCAGAUGAAGCAAAGAGAGAAGAAAUUGCGAAUGCUUGCAAUGCAGUUAUACAGAAGCCAGGCAAAAAACUGUCAGAUCUGGAACGCGUUACCUCCCUGAAAGUAUAUAAUUGGUUUGCUAACAGGCGGAAGGAGAUCAAGAGAAGAGCCAACAUCGAAGCAGCAAUCCUGGAGAGUCAUGGGAUAGACGUGCAGAGUCCAGGAGGCCACUCGAACAGCGACGACGUCGACGGGAAUGACUACUCAGAGCAGGAUACUUGGCAAGUACGCAAUGGGGAGGAGGAGGAGGGAAGAAGUUCAGAGGGAGGCAGAGAAGCAGAGAAGGACGACAACACUAGCCAUAGUGACCACCAGGACCCCAUCUCCUUAGCUGUGGAAAUGGCAGCAGUCAACCACACUAUCUUGGCCUUGGCUCGACAAGGAGCCAACGAAAUCAAGACAGAGGCCCUGGAUGAUGACUGACCAGGGAGGGGUGGACAUGAGGCGUUAACUUAGUUUAGACGUAGCACCUUAGCAGACUUUCCUUGGUCCUUAACAUGUGUUCUUACAGUAUAACUUGCAGUUUCUUGUAUGUCAGUUAGCCGUUAGGGUCUUCUUGUUCUGUGAAGAUGGCAUGGUGCCCUCAGCCUUCGCAUAUACUCUCUCAGUAUUAACUCCCAGUAAGUAAUAAGCAACCGACCGACCAGACUUCCUCUCCCAGCCCCUGAGGCUAGAAAAUCUUGCUGCUCUGUCUUAGCAUUCCAAGAAAGUGCUUCCAGGUAUUUAGAUAGCCCUCAGUUCUCAAAUAUUAGGCUGUGUGUGAAACCUUGGGUACCUUCAGAUUCCUGUAACACUAGUCUGUACCCCUUUCCUUCCUCGGGACUGACAGGGUGCAAGCUGAAGGGGUGUGGCCCGGGACUGACAGACCCCGUUCGGGCAGUGUCCGCAGAGUAGAAGAAACACUAGCGCCCCCACCUCUGAGUGGGAAUAACUGGUUUCCAGCUGCAAUAAGCCGUGCCUCGUCAUAGUCACGCUGUGGCUAGAUCACACUUCUUUGGGUGCUGUGCUAAGAGUGUCCGUGGAAAAACUGGAUCUCAGAUUUUGGUUGACGUUAACAUGCCUGACACAGACAUCCAUUCCUCUCACAAGCUGUGCAGCUUAGUAGAUAAAAUACUGCCUACUGCCUUCUGCCUUUGGGACCACAAUUAAAACAAACAGCAAAAGACACAAAUAGAAGUCACUUAAAAAACACACCCUGGCUUGAGAGGCAGUGGAGGAAAGCCGGGCUGCGUGGGUCAAGGCACCGAGUCCGGCCCGCGGAGUCGCUGCCCGUCGUGGUGAGUGCCACAGGGCCUCCCGCAAGCUGCUUUGCCUCCUCCUGUCUGUGUCCCCUGUCCCUGCCGCCAGCAGAAGUCUUUCAAGGAUGAAGCUAAGGUCAAAAAUGAGUGAACGAACUUUCAGUCUUUGUAUCCAUUAACUGAAACCCCCUCAGUAGCAGAGGUUGUGGAGGACUUCAUAGUGGGAUUUUGCUGACUGACUAUCACAAAUGCAAAUACUUCCUCAACAGGAGCAGAAAAAACGGGCAUUUGCCACUUAUGUGGUAGGUCUGUGAGAUAUGACGGGAUGUGACUGCUUUGGUGUUCUUUUUACUCUGUCCUUGUAGAGGUGUGAAAAGCUAUAUUGCUACAGGCAAUUUAUUUAAUAAUUGGAAGCCAUAUUGAUAAUGGAUGUGGUAAUAUUUGUAAAGUUUAAUCUACUUUAAGCAGCAGUAACUAAUGUAAUUUUUUUCCUUGAUCACAUAUGUAGCACUUUUGUUACUUUUUUAGAGAUAUUUAUAUUUGAUAAAUCUUUUUUUCAUUUUGAGAACUCAAAAUACCAAACAGUGAACUUGCGUUAUAAAGUCACCCUGUGAUCACCUUGUCAUCCAGCAGCAAAAUGAUGAACUGUUCAUGCAUCAGAGAAAAUUACAUCUGCCGGCCUUGUAUGGAAAUUCUCUCUCGGCAUCGCAAUUAAAUGACACACUGUCGCUGUGGGUGAGGGAAGCAGCCUAGGGUGUGUCUGAAACAGCAGGACUGCUGUGCGGUUUCCGCCUUUCUGCGCGGUGGAGCCUUGUUGAGGGGGCCCUGGGGCUGGCUGUGAUGCAGCUUCAGUCUUCCCCGCGCGUUACCUGAAGGUUUUUAAGAUAGAAGGAAGGCACCUUUCCUGGCCGCCUCCCCUGAAUUGUGUUCAACUUAAAACCUUUGAGAGAGGGUGAGACUUACUGACCUUCUUCACUUUUCUUUCUUGUUAGUGAGACAAGAAAGUUUUCCGCCAGUUUUCGGCUGGCUGGACUCCACUGCAGGCACAGGCUGACGAGACGGCUCCGUGGCUGCCGGCCCUGCUUCGUCAGCGUCAGCGUGAGCGUCAGUGUGCGGGGCCUUUUGGAGGGCGUGGAGAUGCCCCUGUGGGUGUGUCUGUGGCUCGAAAGAGCUGUCUGCAGGGCCAGGCCUGCCCUUGUCCGUGAUUUCAGAGGGAAAGUGUAUAUACUUUUGCAGCUCCCAAGAACUGAAGUAGAAUGAAGUAGCCUUUUCUGUUUUACUGAAUUACUUGAACCAACAAAUUCAAGAGUAGCAUUUGUUAUUCUCAGGAAUGGCCUCCCAGUCAUUUUCUUUCCUGGUGUGUCUGACUUAUUUCCACUAGGAGAUUGUGUUCUCUCUCUUUCCUUUUACACUACUUAGAAGAAAUACAACAUUGUAUCUUUCCAUCUUGGUGGAAUUUUGUGGGCUCAUUCUAGGCUGAAUCAGAAAGAAAAGGAGAGAGAAAAAUACACUGUCUGACAAGCCACAUCCGUGAUUUAUUAUUGUAAGGAGAUUAUUAUAAUUGAUAGCUUCUUUAUGAUGGGAUUGCUAGUAUCAUGUGUUCUUGCUGGUCUUUUUAAAGAAACAGACUCAAACUGUUAAGACAGCUGCAGUUUCUAAAGAACUACAAUGAUUGCUAGAGAAGAGCUAAAAGGUUUCAUUGUUUUGAGACCUUUAGAGAAGGGAGAAACCCCCAGAGAACAAAGGGGAGUGAGCGUGCUGCAGCGGGCAGCCCCGGACCCUGGCUGUCUGCUGGAGGGAGGGGAAGAGCGUCCUGCUGAGUCUGAGCGUGAGGUGGAGGGAGGGGUCGUUCCCCGGGUUCUGUGAUUCAAGCUGCCUCCUCAGACUCACUGCCUUCUGUACAGCUCCUGCUUUUUCACUGAGAGUAGACUUUCAGUUCUCUGGGGCCUGUAUUUAAAACUACCAUUGUUUUUUUGUUUGUUUCCAGGUUCAGUUCCACUAUCUUGUCCAGGUUACCUUAGCUGUUAUAAUGGCAUAUGGAGUUGCCACUAAUUUGAAAUAUCAUUGGAUGGCCAUUUUUUUCCUUAAGCUUUUUUAGGUUUGAGAGAGAUUAAAAUGAGAAACCCCAAACUGCUCUCUUACUGAAGGGAAAAGGGCCAGGCUCUAAAAAGCCCCCUGCUGUGUUUUUUGGUCGUUCUGUCUCUCUCCUCUCUCUUCACCACAUGCUGUUCCUCCUGAGCGAGGAAGACCACAGGGGCAGGGGGCGGGGCCUUGCCAGCGGUGGUAACUUGUCUGCUGCGUUUUCUAAGACUUCAUUAAAUUAGUGUGGUCACAUGGGUAUACUUCCUUCCUUUCCUGCCCUUCUUAAAGCACAGCCUUACAAAAGGACCUUUUAAAGAUGGACCAUCCUGAUGAAAUGUCUGCCUCUCCCUCCGUCUCUCUAGCGCUGAAGGCCAGGGAGAGAGCAGCACCGUGCAGUCUGCCCCGGGGCCUCCCGGUGUCCCAGCACCAGGUAGACACUCCUGCUUGUUUCCGCCAGGUCCGCCGUGCCAGAAUACCCCUGGGGGCCCCGUUCUCUACGACCUCAGUCCCUUAGGUGGUAGUGAAGUGUGGUUACCUUCCAUCUGCCUACCAAAUCUGUACAGUUCCCACGCACUGUCACCUCUGGGGGACAGCCCCUGCCCUCACAUUUCCAGAUUCCUUCACAGAAACGGGAAGACCCCUUAAGGAUACCUUUUACUUUCGCUCAGUAGAGGUGACCGCCUAAAACAAUGUGACUAAGGAAGUGGUAAAUGCUGAAGUGUGCAGAUGCUGUACUCCAGCUCCCCGGAUGGUGACGGCCGGCAGUCCAGCGAGCAGCAGGAGCUGUACUGGGUCCAGAUACCCAAAUAAUUUUUUACCUCAAAGGGGCUACUUGAGCUCUCAGAUACAGCUGUUCCAUUUCUCCCUGUUCGGCCUUUGUUGCUGUGACCUUCCUUCUUGGAGUUCAGCUGUCAGGCCCAAGUGCAGACUGACUCUCGUCCCCUCCAUCGGGGACCUGCAGUCACACCCUCUCCCUCCGUGACCAGCACCUCCCACUCCCUUGGGCCCCCCCACCAGGGCCUCCCCUCGAACCGCGUCCUUUGCUGGAGUGUGUUUUGCUCACUCUCCUCACACAAACACUCCUUCCUGUUCCACAGCCUGUUUUUUUGACCAGCUACAUAUUCCACUGACCAGCUACGUUAUUUCUGCCCCUAACAGUGGAAAUGACCCCUUUUUCAUAAAUGACCUCCCACCCUUCUCCUAAAAAUGUGAACUUCAAGUCCUUACUCUCUCUCUGGUCUUAAGGGUCUCAUCAGAAGCGGUUCCCCAUCUCACCCACAGCCCUGCCUUUCCGUUGCCGCCGUCCUGUCAUCCUUGUUGCAGAACCACCAGAGCGUCUCCCCAGGGAUUCUCCGCAGGUCCUUAGGCAAUAAUCUUUCUUGUUGUUGGCGAUCCUGUGCUCAGCGGCACUCUCCAUUGGCUAGUCCUGACCCUGUACAGCGUGAGUUUUCUGUGUUGAUCUCUAAAGGAGUGUGAUUGAAACCCUGUCAGAGUGGUGGUGGGUUUUGUCACUUGGCGGUUGUGAGUGUUGGCAAAGUCUCACUGCUGCGUCUGCUGGGGCUGCGUUGAGACUGGCCAGACCCGUGUGUAGCCGUACUGAGCCGGGUUUGUCUGUUGGGAUUUCCCAAGGGACGGCUGGGCCCACUGGCCGGCUCCAGCUGGGGGUGUGUGUGUGGGGUGUCGAGUGGGAGUGGGGCGGGGAAUUCACCACAUAAUACAUUCCUUCUCUGUGCUCCCUGAAUAGCAAGGAUGCUUACUCAGGAUUUGGGGAUCAGUAGUCAGCCAUACUGCAUUUGGCAAACAGCUGCAUGCCCUGAAACCCUUCCACUGUUUCUUAAUUUCCAUGUGUCUAGUGCAUGUCACCUGGCAGUGCCCACGUAGGCCACCUGAAAGGUGUCCCACCACAGUGAGGCUGGAAGGGGUUCUGGGAGGCACCUGUGAAUGGCCAGGACAUCCUAGAGGGUGUUCUGGGGGGCGUGCCGUCGAAGCGGAGGCCUUUUCCUUUGCACCGCGGUCUUGUUGAACGAUGACCACCACUCAUGAGGAGAGAUGUCCUUACCGCUCUCGGGAGAGCUGCCACGCUAAGGUGGUGGGAAAGGCUUGUUAAUACACCAGGCCUCAGAGUCUGUUCACCAAGUACGGAAGCCCCUCUCGCAAACAGGUCAGGUCGGGAAGGCUGUUUUUAGUUCCCUGCUGGUCAGCUGAAAGGGACAGGCCGCUGCUCUUGCCGUCCCCGUGGCUCAGGGCUGGCUCAGAGGGUCUCUGAGGGGCAGCUUCGUUCAUGUCCAGGCACAUUCAAAAGCUGGAAGUUUAUAAAUUGAGAAGGCUCCCUAUCAGCAUCGCUGUUCUUCCUUGGCAGGAGUGAGGAACAACAACACAAAGAAAGCAAACGACCUGAGAGGUCCAGCUCCCAUGACAUCGGUUUUCUUUUGUUCAUCGAGGGGGGAAGGAACAGAGAGGGGAGAGGGGAAAUGUCACUGCACCCAAAGCUCUCACAUCCCCUUCUUGUCGCCACCCAGGAAGCUCGAGGGGCCACAGACACGUGGGGUUGCAAACACACAGGUUCCCGGGCUCCAUUUUCGUCCUCCUUCCUGCGACACGGGGCCAGGCAGUGAACAGACUAACCCAGUGGCUGCCGUUCGAGCGAAAGCUGCCCAGCACCCUCCCACCCCUGAGUGUUUUCCACUGCACCUCACACCCUCGUCGCGCUGGCCAGCUCCCCAGGGACACAGGGAAGGGCUCUGCUGCGGGGUGCUAUGCCUGCCCCUCCCUACGUCUGUUUUAUCUGGGAAGUUUUCACAUCUAUUUGCUUCUCUGUUGUUCCCUCCCGUCCAGUGUGAGACAGCAGCCGAGUGUGCACUGUCAUCAGGCCGCCACUUGCUGACCAGAGCAGGGCAUGUGCACAGCUCAGCUGUCACUCCAUACACUGCGUUUUCAUCUUGUCUCUCUAAAAAAGUGGCUCUGUACAGCCACGGCUAGCGCUCACACUCACAAUGGUGUGCUGUGAUCGAGUGCAGGUCUGCCUGAACCCUUUCAAACUGUAACCAUGGUGAUUGAGGGGGUGGCACGGAGUAUAUAAAAAUACGACGACAAUUGUUCUGAAUGACUGAGUGUCCUCCUGACAUGUAAUUAGCUGUUUUAGCGAGAUAUAGAUUGGCAUGGCCAUAAUUAAAGGGGUUUCAGUCCUUUAUAUGACUGAAAAUGGCAGCUCUCCCGUCCCCUGUUCCCUUUAGCACGAAUGCUCCCCAGAACGUCUGGAGGAGCAGCUCAACAGACUGCGACAAUGACAGGGUGUUUGUGUCCCCUCCCGAGCGGGAGAGACGGGGUUGAAGUGGCCUCAGCCUCAGAACAGGAGCUUUCCGUCGUGUGCCCCACCUAACUUCUGAAGUGUCGGAACCCCGCCCCACGCCC